AUGUAUGAUUAUACUGAUCUCUCAGAGGAAAAUUCAAGAAAAUUUGCUAAAACAUGUGUAGAAAAAAAACGACGUGAUCGUAUUAAUAAAAGUCUUGAUGAAUUAAAAGAUCUUAUAGCUUUAACUGAUGAUAGAGCACGAUAUCAAAAAUUAGAAAAAGCUGAAAUACUUGAAAUGACGGUAACUUAUAUUCGAAAUUUAAAACAACGAAUGAAUAAUUCAAUAGAAAAUUAUGAAAAUGGUUAUAGACAAUGUUCAGAAGAAAUAUGGAAAUUAAUUCAUUCAGUACCAAAUAUUUAUCCUGAACAACGACAAUGUUUAGUUAAUCGUUGUCGACAAAUGUGGACAAAUCGUCGAUUAAUGUAUUAUCAUCAUCAUCCUUAUCAACGACGAAUAAUUGAACCAAAAUAUCUUCAAAUUAUUAUUAAUGAUUCUUGUUCAUCAUCAAGUAUAUCAUCAGAUUCUUUAAGUCCAUCAUCACCAAAACUUUGGAAACCAUAUAUAUAG